AGAAAUAACUGGCUGUAGCGUGUUAAAAACUUGCGCAUAAAACCUUUUUUUUUUAAGUUUUGACAUUGCUGUCAAUUUUCGUUUCGUUUCGCGUGGGGUUAUUUUUAUUGUUUUACGAAAUUUCGAGUUAAAAUAAUUUUAGGUUUUGAAAUCGUUUUAUAUAAUGGCGUGUACGAUUUGUAUGAACGAUGAAAAUAAACCAGUGAAAAUGCGGAAGGAACGGGAUACGUUCGGUGAAUUGGACGUACCGGAUGACAAGCUGUACGGCGCGCAGACCGUACGAUCCGUCAUGAACUUUCCGAUCGGCGGUAUAGAGGAACGGAUGCCCUAUCCAGUCAUCGUAGCUUUCGGUAUUCUAAAGAAAGCAGCGGCGAAAGUCAACAUCGAGUUCGGUCUCGACAAGAAAAUUGCCGAUGCCAUAAUGCAGGCCUGCGAUGAUGUCAUCUCCGGGAAACUGUACCGCGAGGGUCACUUCCCUCUCGUCAUAUGGCAGACUGGUUCCGGUACACAAUCCAACAUGAACACCAAUGAGGUAAUAGCCAAUCGCGCGAUCCAAAUCCUCGGCGGGAAGCUCGGCAGCAAGGACCCGGUCCACCCGAACGACCACGUGAACAAGUCGCAGAGCUCGAACGACACGUACCCGACGGCCAUGCACAUCGCCGUCGCCAUGGAGCUGCGCGACCGCCUCAUGCCGGGCCUCGUGGCGCUCCGGGACACGCUGGACUCCAAGGCCAAGGAGUUCGAUAAGAUCAUCAAGAUCGGAAGGACGCACCUGAUGGACGCGGUGCCGCUGACGCUGGGCCAGGAGUUCAGCGGGUACGCGGCGCAGCUGUCGUUCGGCGUGCAGCGCGUGUGCGCCGCGCUGCCGCGCCUGCACUACCUGGCGCUGGGCGGCACGGCCGUCGGCACCGGCCUCAACACGCGCAAGGGGUUCGCCGAGAAGUGCGCCAAGGAGAUCGGCAACCUCACGGGCAUUCCAUUCGAAACUGCCCCUAAUAAAUUUGAAGCGCUCGCUUGUCAUGAUUCAAUGGUGGAAGUAUCCGGAGCCCUCAACACCAUAGCGGUCUCCUUGAUGAAGAUAGCCAACGACAUCAGGCUACUGGCGUCCGGACCUCGCUGCGGUCUCGCUGAGCUGAUGCUACCUGAGAACGAGCCUGGAUCGUCCAUCAUGCCUGGUAAAGUGAACCCAACGCAGUGCGAGGCGCUGACGAUGGUGGCGGCGCAGGUGAUGGGCAACCACGUGGCGUGCACCAUCGGCGGCAGCAACGGACACUUCGAGCUGAACGUCUUCAAGCCCAUGAUCGUGUCUAACGUGCUCAGAUCCAUCAGGCUAAUCGGUGACGGUUGUCAGGCGUUCAACAAGAACUGUGCUGUUGGAAUUCAAGCGAACACGAAACAAAUCAACAAAAUCAUGCGCGAGUCCCUCAUGCUCGUAACAGCACUCAACCCACACAUUGGAUACGAUAAGGCUGCCCAAAUCGCCAAGACGGCACACAAAGAAGGAGGAACCCUCAAGGACACAGCCAUCAAGCUAGGCAUCCUAACGGCCGAGCAGUUCGACCAGUGGGUCAAGCCCGAAGACAUGCUUGGACCUAAGUAGAUGUCUAGACGAGUUAAUAUAACCUUAUGUAUGACAAUAGCUUUAUUAUAUAAAGUAUAUGAAUAUUGAAAUGAUUAUUUGUUGUUAUGUUAAACAUCUCAAAUACAUAUUUUAAUAUAUGUUGGAAAUAUGACAUGGGGUAGUAAAUAAUAGUGAACUAUAUUGAAAUUAUUAGAUACCUUUCUAAGGUGUUUUUAGGGAUUGGAAAUAUACUUUUUUGAGUUUUUAUUUAGUAAAGACAUUCAACAAAAAGUGCUUCAUGUUGCGUUUAUAAUACAGACAUCCUGAUGGUGCAUUUCCAACAACUUUAUCUUUUGAUAGACAUACUGGACUGAAUAAAAUAUGAGCAGUUUCGUAAGAGUAACUCUUGUAGCACAUACCUUUACUGUCCCAUGUCAAACAAUAAUUUAGUAUUUUAUUGCUCGGUAAAGUUUUGAGAUUUUAUAUUAAUUUAUUUUUCAAAAAUAAUGAACCUUUAGAAGCAAACAUAAUCAUUUGAAUACAAUGUGUAAAUUUUGUGGAAUAUAUUAUAUAAAUUGAAUAUAGCUUUCUUUGGAAGUUUUAUCUGUCUUUGAUUGUAUUUUUUUUUCUUUUCAUUUUAUUUAGUGUUCUUACAAAAAUUUGUAUGGAGAAAUAAAAGUACUUAAUAUUUAUUUAUUCAUAAAGCUAUUAUUGUAUACAAGUAUUGUAUUAUGACUAAUGUGCAUAUACGUGUAUAAAGUAUUUAAAAACAAUUUGACUAUCACUGUCCCAGUUCUAUGGGAAAUAAACUGAAUGAUUUCAAUUGAAGAUUUUGCAGGAAGCAUUUAAAUGUCUUGGCUAAAAUCAGUGGUCCUCAAUCCAUGGUCUUCAGAACACUUGACCUUAAAUUCUGUUUUAAUAACAAAUUUCGUUCAUUAUUACAUAAAAGUAGGUUAUAUAUGGGUUGACUAUUCUACGUCUGCGUUAUAUCGUAUUAGUUUCAUUAUCAAGUGUUGCCUACUACAAAACUAAAAUUUUUAGUGUUGCCAAACUGAAAAUCCACUGAGACGAUUACGUUACGCUUUGUAUUUCAAAUGGCGGAUUUAUGAGAUACCCGACUGACGAAAAGUACUAUUUCAACAUUUAAUCGGUUGAUCAAAAUUUGAUUUAGAGAGUAUUCUCGAAUAUGUGAAAAACUGCGCUCAUUUUAAACAACUGAUGAUUUUUGUGUAUGUAAAAGUUAAAUAACAGCAAAUUAAAAACAUAACUUAUAGAUUUUAUUCCUAUACUUGCAAGGUAUUGUCUAUCGUUCGCCAGUCAUAUGCAUAAUAAUACCUCUAACCUUUUGUCUAUUUUCCUUUCUCCUCCUCCUCCUCCAUCCUUUUUGCCAUUAUAAAACAUAUCAAUGCCAUUUUUUGUACAAUUAGUGACUAUUGAGUCAUUAUUAUUAAUUAUUUUGGUUUAAUUUCAUAUACAAUAUUCAGUUGCUGUUUAUUCAGAAGUAAAACAUAAGACAUUUCAAUAUCAACUAUAUUAUAUUCCUGCAACUUAAAACUAAUACAAUUUGGUACAUCUUUGGUUUAAAUCCUUAACAUUAAUUAAAUGGAAUGCAAGUUUUUGGAUUGUUAUUUACAUAUGUAAUUGUUUCAUAUAUAAAAUAAUAAAUUAUGUUCGAAAUA